AUGUUGAGUACUUUGGCACGUACUUCGGGCCGUUUGGUGUUCGGACGUGCCUACGCAUCGGCCCAAAUGGAUGCUCACGCUCAAGUCAUUGAUGACCAGAAGCCUAUGGAUGAGCAAAGCAAUCCGUCCUUCUACAAGAUGGUUGACUAUUACUUCGACAAAGGAGCGACUGUAAUUGAACCGAAGUUGGUCGAAGAAAUGAAGUCAAAUUCGAUGAGUGUCAAGGACAAGAAGAAUCUCGUCAGUGGAAUUUUGAAGGCUAUCAAGCCUGUCAACAAAGUUUUGUAUAUCACAUUCCCUAUUCGUCGAGAUAAUGGAGAAUUCGAAGUUAUAGAAGCAUGGCGUUCGCAGCACUCUGAGCACCGAACUCCAACAAAGGGUGGAAUUCGUUAUUCUCUGGAUGUUUGCGAAGAUGAGGUGAAAGCUUUGUCCGCAUUGAUGACAUACAAAUGCGCUGUUGUCGAUGUCCCGUUUGGAGGAGCAAAGGGAGGAGUGAAAAUUGACCCGAAAAUGUACACGGACUAUGAAAUCGAGAAGAUCACACGUCGUAUUGCCAUCGAAUUCGCGAAGAAGGCAAGUGGAUUCCUAGGUCCUGGUGUAGACGUGCCAGCCCCCGACAUGGGAACUGGAGAACGUGAAAUGGGAUGGAUUGCUGACACAUAUGGUCAAACAAUUGGACAUCUUGAUAGAGACGCAUCCGCAUGCAUCACUGGAAAACCCAUCGUCGCUGGUGGCAUCCACGGACGUGUUUCUGCUACAGGUCGCGGUGUUUGGAAAGGGCUUGCAGUAUUUACUAAGGAGGAAGAAUACAUGAAAAAGAUUGGUCUCACACUUGGCUUGGUUGACAAGACUGUCAUUAUUCAAGGAUUCGGUAAUGUGGGACUUCAUACAAUGCGAUAUCUUCACAGGGCAGGAGCAAAAGUGAUAGGAGUCCAGGAAUGGGAUUGUGCCAUCUACAACCCUUCAGGAAUCCACCCAAAGGAGCUUGAAGACUGGAGAGACCAGACAGGGAGCAUCAAAAACUUCCCUGGAGCAAAAAAUUUUGAACCGUUCGGCGAUCUUAUCUAUGAACCCUGUGACAUACUUGUACCUGCUGCAUGUGAAAAGGCUAUCCACAAGGAGAAUGCCAACAGAAUUCAGGCUAAGAUUAUUGCUGAGGCUGCCAAUGGACCAACAACACCUGCUGCUGACAAAAUCCUUCUAGAACGUGGCAAUUGCCUUAUCAUUCCUGAUAUGUACAUUAACUCCGGUGGUGUGACUGUAUCAUAUUUUGAAUGGCUCAAGAAUCUUAACCACGUCUCAUACGGACGACUCAGCUUCAAGUAUGAGGAAGAAUCAAAUAGAAUGCUCCUCCAAUCCGUACAAGACUCGUUAGAAAAAGCUAUCGGCAAGGAAGCACCCGUACAACCUAACGAGGCUUUCGAGCACAAAAUUGCUGGAGCCAGUGAAAAAGAUAUUGUUCAUUCCGGUCUUGAAUAUACUAUGGGUCGCUCUGGUGGUGCGAUCAUUCGCACUGCCCGCAAGUACAACUUGGGCUUGGACAUUCGCACAGCGGCAUAUGCAAAUGCCAUAGAGAAGGUCUAUAACACCUACCGGACCUGCGGUUUCACCUUUACGUAG